AUGACUUCUGUAGCCUCUCUGAAUCCUUUUGAACUCCUCGAGGAUGACGCCGAGGAAGUCGAUAUUAUCGUUGAAGGAAACCGACAAGAGCCAACAUCGACAUCGGCGACCGAGUCUCCUGUUAUAAAACAUAAAGUUGAUAGGUCUCGUGCAAGCCGUAUAGAAGCUAGAAUUCGUCACGAGUACCCGCAGCGCGGAGGCUUUAAUAAGAGCGCUCCGCCACCAAGGAAUAGUAACAAUGUCAAUAACAAUAACAGCAGCGACGCGAGAAUUGAGGAACCUAGAUCUGCACUUCGUGACCGCAAUGUCGGCCCUCGUUUAGCAGGUCGUCGUGAUCGUGAAGAAGGUGGAAGUGAGUUUCCAUCAAGGACUCCUCGUGGUGCUCGAGCUGGAGAGCAUUUGUUAUUCAGUGACAGUGAAAAGAAGGAACAAGCCUGGGGUAAUGCAACAAACUCCUAUACUGAUGGCGGUGCCGAAAAUGAAACCUGGAAUGCUAACGAAAAAAGCGGUGAUGCACCCGGCGGAAGCUGGGGUGGCAACGCCAAAGAAGAUACAAAUGCUACUGGUGGUGACGAUAAAAACGCCGGUGGCGGCUCUGAAUGGAAUACUGAAACUCCUGCAGAAGGAGGAGCCACCAAUUGGGAUACAAAUGAUGGGGUAGCCGAUACGACAAACUGGAAGGAAACAAAAUUCGAUACCGAAACAAAUCAAGACAAUUCAGGCGCUGCUGCUGCAGGUGAUCUCUCGGAAACUGCACCACCUGUAGCUGAAGAAGUUGUCAAGACGUUAGAUGAAUAUCUAGCCGAGAAAAAACAAAAAGCGACUAGUAUUGCGCUUCCUGAAAUUAGAAAGCCAAAUGAAGGUGUUGAUGACCCUAAAUGGAAGGAUGCUGUUCCCCUUCAAAAAGAAGAGGAGGAGGAUUUUCUUUUCGUUGGAAAG